AUGACAGAAGCCUUCCGACAGCAAUGUUUGCUGCUAGCUUGGGCUCACAUCGAAUCUGCGGCAUGUGAAGACGGUGCCGCAAGCAGCCUCUGCUGGGAACGCAAUGAGAUCACCCACGCCAUGGAAGCAGGCACUUCCUUGGAGCAGGUCCUUAGCAAAGCCGAGGACUUCCCCCGCCUGUCUCAGAAGUUCCUGGAACUGCAAGGCUCGAAUCCGACAUCGCUAGAUGUCGACUUGGCAGAUGCCUUGGUCUUCAUUCGCCUUCUGGCGCUCCUGCGGGAGCACUUCUACAAGAUGCAAGACGGUGCAGAAGCUUUCGAGCCAGUAGGGUUUGACAUCCGCGGCGCCGUUCGCAGACUCGACGAUGAGACUGGUGUUCACUUGGGCAGGGCGAAGAGCAUUAACCGUUUGAGGAAUGCCUUCAAGCAUCAGACUGCCAAGCGAUAUGGCCUUGGGGGGAAGCAGGCCAACCAGAUUGCCAAAACCAUGAACGACCUGUCGCCGGACACGCUUGAGGACUUCUCGAUGCUGGCCUCUGAGUUGGCAGGAAUCCCUGUCUCCCUCGACGAGUUGCUCGAAGACUACGCAACCGAGAGCGGCCAAGCCUUCGACGUUGGCUCGGAUCCAGAUCUCAACCUCGGGCAGUUCCUACACACAUUGCACGUGCGCUUCUUCAAGAUGCGGGGCGCUCCACGGCCUCAACGCCUCGAAGAGGUCCAGCAGAAUGUCUACCGGAUAUUGCCCCUUUGCAAUGGCAGCCUCCUCGCACUACACCGGCUCUUGGGCCCAUCGCUAUCCUAUCUCCCCGACAUCGGAGCGAUCGUAACCGCAUCCCUGGGUCGGUUGGAAUGCAAGCUGGACCCCGCAAAGAGUGGGGGCACGACGGCAAAAGGAAGCCACCUCUAG